GGAGCUGGAGGGGCGGCAGGAGGGGCAGGGCCCGGCCCCCUACGCGGAGGGCGGGCUCGGAGGACCACGCUAGCUCUCCGCGUGUCCACGCUUGUGUUGGUCCGCAACCCCUGGCAGCUAGAGGCUAGGGUUUAUUGGACAGUCAGUGUGUUGUUCCGAGGGUUGGCAAUCAAUCCUCCGAAUCCAGAGAUUCGGCACCAGUCAUCAGUAUUAGCACUCAGGGGGUUGGUGGGUUCAGUGUUUAGGAUGCCAAGGGAACCUGUCUUUUGAUUCGCGGUCCAACAUAUAGAGGUUAGUUUUAGGAUUCCUGUUCAGCUUAUAGAGGGUUUUUGCUAGGAUUGGGGUUUCAUCAAAUGCAGAUCAGUGUCAGUUCAAUACUUGGGGUUUAUGCUUAGCAUUGAAGUUAACUAUCUGGGGCUCACUCAGGUUUUCAGUUCAAUAUUCAGGGCUUGCAGCUGGGAUACGGGGUUUAAGAUCCAGAACAAGGCUGCAACAAUUUGGGGAUCAGUGAGCUUGAGGUUUUUGUGUUUUGAGGUUCAAGGUCUGAGAAGGGGGUGUUUACCAAGUUUCUGAAUUUGCAGAAUUUGUUCAUGGCCAGAGGGAAGUCUGUUAGAGAUCCAAUUGUGGGAUGUGAAUUUCAGAAUUUGGGAGGAAUCAUUGUGAGGUUUGAAGGCCUACUGGAAUCUGGGUUGGGAUUUGAGAUGUGUAGGAUUUGUGGAUGUUGUAUCCAGGGAGGGACUACAUUAAACCUUGGGCUAAGUGUUGCUAUUUGGAGUUUGGUUGGGGUGUGAGAUCUGAGCUUGAUUUCUCUGCUGGAAUUGAGGUUUAGGUAGCGGUCACCAUCAUGCUCAAAGCCGUGAUCCUGAUUGGAGGCCCUCAGAAGGGGACUCGCUUCAGGCCUUUGUCUUUUGAGGUGCCCAAACCACUGUUUCCUGUGGCUGGGGUCCCUAUGAUCCAGCACCAUAUUGAGGCCUGUGCCCAGGUCCCUGGGAUGCAGGAGAUUCUGCUUAUUGGCUUCUACCAACCAGAUGAGCCCCUUACCCAGUUCCUAGAAACUGCCCAACAGGAGUUUAACCUUCCAAUCAGGUACCUUCAGGAAUUUGCCCCCCUGGGCACAGGGGGCGGUCUCUACCAUUUUCGGGACCAGAUCCUGGCUGGAGGCCCUGAGGCUUUCUUCGUGCUCAAUGCUGAUGUCUGCUCCGACUUCCCCUUGAAUGCUAUGUUGGAUGCCCACAGAUGCCAGCGUCACCCUUUCUUACUCCUUGGCACCACGGCUAACAGGACUCAGUCCCUUAACUACGGCUGCAUCGUUGAGAAUCCACAGACACACGAGGUCCUGCACUAUGUGGAGAAACCCAGCACGUUUAUCAGUGACAUCAUCAACUGUGGCAUCUACCUCUUCUCCCCGGAAGCCCUGAAGCCUCUUCGAGAUGUCUUCCAGCGCAAUCAGCAGGAUAGGCAACUCUGCCUUGCUCUGGGGGAGGACUCUCCAGGCUUGUGGCCGGGGGCAGGUACCAUCCGCCUGGAACAGGAUGUGUUCUCGGCCCUGGCAGGGCAAGGCCAGAUAUAUGUGUACCUCACUGACGGGAUCUGGAGCCAGAUCAAGUCUGCAGGCUCAGCCCUCUAUGCCUCCCGCCUUUAUCUGGGCCGCUACGAGUUCACUCACCCAGAACGGCUGGCUAAGCACACGCCAGGAGGUCCACAGAUCCGAGGAAACGUUUACAUCCACCCAACGGCUAAGGUGGCCCCAUCAGCUGUGCUGGGCCCCAACGUCUCCAUUGGGAAGGGGGUGACGGUGGGCGAGGGCGUGCGUCUCCGGGAGAGCAUUGUCCUCCACGGAGCCACAAUACAGCAUCGUGGGCUGGGGGAGCACCGUGGGGCGCUGGGCCCGCGUGGAGGGUACCCCCAACGACCCCAACCCCAACGACCCGCGGGCCCGCAUGGACAGUGAGAGCCUCUUCAAGGACGGGAAGCUGCUGCCUGCCAUCACCAUCCUGGGCUGCCGCGUCCGGAUCCCUGCCGAGGUGCUCAUCCUGAACUCGAUUGUUCUGCCACACAAGGAGCUGAGCCGCAGCUUCACCAACCAGAUCAUCCUCUGACGGGGGCUGCCAGAAGGCCCCCCCAACUCCUACCCGCUCCCCUUGAGGCUGCUGCUUGCUUGCCCAGCCUCUGUCCAGAAAGGACCAGAGGAAGCCAGGCAGGACCUUCACACGCCGGGAGCAGUGUGGGUGGCCUAGGACUCUUGGCCUCUCUCCCAACUCCCUAAUAAACCCCGUGAACCUUGGAGCCA